AUGUUUGAACAGGCACCACUUAUUAGUGAAUUAUCUGUUGAUGCUUGUUCUCAUUCAUUAAUUAGUACACCAACAAAACAUUUUGCAAUUUGUACAGUUGUCACAGAUCAUUACCUGGCAACUGCAAAUAAGAAAAUAAAACUACAUCAAGAUAAUUUGAAGCUUAUGGGAAGCAAAUUUGAAUUGAAUGAUUGUGUUAAUAUUGAAAUUCAUUCUGUUGAUGGAACAAAUACAGAUCCAAAAUAUUUGCCAUGUAUCAUUAUUGAAAAAUAUGAAAGAAAUAAUAUAUUAUUAUUUAAAUUGAUUUGGUCAGUAUAG